GUCAAGAAAAGAGCAAUUCGUUUUGGAUGUAUGGAUUAGUGGACGUCGAUCGGCUUUCUCGCGUACAGUCACUAAACAGCUUUUUUUCUUGAUCUUUUUUUAAAUCGUCUUUAAAUGAAUUGAGGAACGGAGUUGGUGUGAUUUUGCUGAUGAGAUGUUAUCUUAAAUAAAAUAACCGGACGAACUCCAUAGUGGGCACUUUCAGAGUUGAAAGAAAAUUGCGCCUUCAUGAUUAUUGAAGAUACAUGUAGUUAUAUUCUUCUUUGAUGAAUUUAUCGCCUCUAUUUGUCAUUUUAACAAAGUAGGCCUACAUCAUCGCCAUGCUGAAAACAGAAUUGGAUUAAACAUUUUCCACUCCGACAUCAUUUGCCACCAUGGCCUUUGCUGAACUAAUCAACUUUGCUGUUUUAUGUUGAGAAUUCGGUUUGUGCAGCGAAACUUUUGAAUGAAGCGUUAAUUUUGAUCAUAAAAGAAUUUACAGCAAACAGACUUAUUGAAUGAUAGGACUCGUUUGCUAAUUUUGAUUCGUCAGUUAUUUUUAGUAACAAUAAUAAUGCUGGGAUACAAAUGUGAUGAUAUAUGUUAAGUGUCUUUAUGAACAAGAUUUCAAGUGAAAAACCGUAUAAUAAAUUAUUUAUUCAUAUAUAUAAGUUGACAACAUGGAAGAGCAAAUCACCGCAAAUCUUUUUAAUUGCUCUAUCAUGAAUGCUAUGCCCUACGACGAUGAUAACUUUGAGUCGCCAUCGACAUCACCACCUACAUACGCCGAGCUCACACCCGCUGUCAAUCACACUUUCAAUCACGGCAACAUCAAUUUUGAUCACAACACCAGUUACGACGACGGCAACAUAAGAUAUGAACACGACAACAGCAACCAUAACUUUGACGAACAAGUACCCUUGAGCACCGCGCAUCUUCUUGACAUCUUAUCGACGACGGAUGUCGACAUCAACAAUAUCGCAAAUGACGGGGAGGAAGAGGGAAGCGACGAGGGGAGCGAACUCGCAGCGUAUCUCUUUCAGAAUUCGGAAUGGAUUACGAAUAACGCGACUUUAGACGAUUCUCAAUAUUCAACUGCAGUUAACGGUGACCCGCAACACUUUCAGAGUUGCUACACGAAUAAGUCCAUGGGCUAUGGCAACACUUCGUUCAACAGCAGCUAUCAUGAGGCUCACACCUUGCCACAAGUACCUUAUUUUGGACAUACUGAUACUCAACAUGCUCAAGUAUCAAACGACACGAGCGGAACCUUUUCAAAUCAGCCUCAGCCGACGAACGAGCAUCAUCUUCCUUUCCAAGUGCACAAUCUGCCGAAAACGAGGGGGAAGACGACCACGAAGCCUCGACGUCGCGUCGUCACCGCCGGUCAGCGGACAGCCGCUAACGUCCGUGAACGACGUCGGAUGUUCGGCCUAAACGAUGCCUUCGACAACCUGCGCAAAGAGGUGCCGAAGUUCAAACACGAGAAGCGCCUAUCUCGAAUCGAGACGCUGCGAUUAGCUAUUCUCUACAUCGAGUUCCUAGCCGACAUCGUCACGCGGAAGAACAACGUCAACGAUGUCGAGUGUUCUAGCGGUUGAUUUACGGUGAUAGCAUGUAUGUACAUCUAAAUAACAUGUAAGGAAAUCGCUGGAGGGGUGAGGAGUUAUGCUGAGACACGGUGGCGUUACUACAAGGGGGGGGGGGC